GCCAGAGUUACUGCCUCCUGAGCUGCCAAAGCAAAUGGAGCUCCUGGGAGCUGUUGUUUUACUGGUUUGCAUUGCUUGCCUGCUCUCCUUUGCAGCAUGGAGAGUGAAGUCUGGAAAGGGGAAGAUCCCUCCAGGACCAGCUCCCCUUCCUAUCCUAGGUAAUGUGUUGCAGGUGAAACCAAAGAACUUGUCCAAAACCCUCGAGAAGCUCAGUGAAGAGUAUGGACCAGUGUUCACAGUGCACCUGGGCUCUGACCCAGUGGUGGUGCUGCAUGGAUAUGAUGUCGUGAAAGAAGCCUUGAUUGAUCGUGCAGAUGAGUUUGCUGCCAGAGGACACAUGCCAAUAGGAGACAGGGCUAACAAUGGACUAGGGAUUAUUUUUAGCAACAACAAUGAGUGGUUGCAAGUCCGGCGGUUUACACUCAGCACUCUGCGCAACUUUGGAAUGGGGAAGAGAAGCAUUGAAGAGAGGAUCCAGGAGGAAACUGAGUACUUGCUGGAAGAGAUCAACAAAACAAAGGGAACACCUUUUGAUCCAACCUUCAUGCUGAGCUGUGCUGUCUCCAAUGUCAUAUGCUGCAUUGUUUUUGGGAAACGAUAUGACUAUAAAGACAAGAACUUCCUGGCCCUGAUGAACAACAUGAACAACAUCUUUGAGAUGAUGAACUCCCACUGGGGACAGCUCUACCAGAUGUUCCCAAAGAUCCUGGAUUUCUUUCCUGGCCCACACAACAAAAUAUUUGCAGAAUUUGAUGCUCUAAAAGCCUUUGUGUCAGAGGAGGUGAAGAUGCACCAAGCCACCCUGGAUGUCAACUCACCUCAAGAUUUCAUAGACUGCUUCCUCAGCAAAAUACAGGAGGAGAAAGAGAAUCCCAAUUCCCCUUUCCACAUGAAGAACCUGAUAACCAGUGCCUUUGAUUUGUUCAUUGCCGGGACUGAGACAACUAGCACCACCAUAAAAUAUGGGCUUCUGCUUCUUCUCAAAUACCCAAAGAUACAAGAGAAAGUUCAAGAAGAGAUUGACCGGGUAGUAGGACGAUCACGAAAACCUUGUGUGGCUGACCGGACUCAGAUGCCCUACACAGAUGCUGUGGUCCAUGAAAUCCAGCGCUUCAUAACCCUCAUCCCUCUGAGUGUCCCUCAUGCUGUGACAAAAGACACCUGCUUCAGAGAGUAUGUAAUUCCCAAGGGCACCACAAUCUUUCCUGUCCUCAGUUCUGUCCUCCAUGAUGGUAGAGAGUUUCCAAACCCAAAUGAGUUCAACCCUGAACAUUUCUUGAAUAAGAAUGGCACCUUUAAGAAGAGUGAGUUCUUCAUGCCCUUCUCAGCAGGGAAGCGAAUAUGCCCUGGAGAGGGCCUAGCACGCAUGGAGAUAUUCUUGCUCAUAGCCAUCAUCUUGCAGAACUUUACUUUGAAGCCUGUCAUCGACCCCGAGGAGCUCAGCAUAAUGCCAACACUGAGUGGGACAGGCAACGUGCCUCCUGCCUACCAGCUGUGUGCUCUCCCCCGCUGAAAAGCACAAAACUGCUCUCCAGGGUGUCCUGAGCCUGGCUACUCCUUUACAUCUCCCGUAUUAAAGUCAGUGGCAGGAGCAUUGGCUCACCUUUCAAAGGCCUCCAGGAAGGCAGCCCAAACACAGGUACAUGCAGAGAGUAGACACCUUCAAAGCCUCCUAGAAUUGCCCUGGGUGACAUUGCAGCCUGUUGUACUGACACUCUAUCCACAGAUUCAUUGAGCAUAGUGGCUGCAUCAAACAACUGUUUUUCUCACAAACAUGGCUCCCAUGACUGUCCACAACCUGUUUCUUCCACAGCAUGUACCCCACCAAGAACAGCACGCUUUGCAACUUCCCAAUAAAGAAAAAUGUAUUUAUGAGGA